AACAAAACAAAAGCGGAUAGCUUUUUUUUCAUAUCCAUCAUCCUGUUGUUGGCGUUGGUGAUUUUGUUGUUUGUUUUUCUGUUUGUUUGUUUGGUUGAAUAAUCUCGAUCGCUCAACAAUAGUGUUUUCCAGCAAAAUAAUUAGCCAGAAAAAAAAAAUCUUCAAAGAUGGCAACAUCAUCAUCAACAACAACAACGAUAAAUUCAAAUUCGAAUGGAUGUUCAUCAACAACAAUAAAACCAUUCGUACGAAUUGUUGAACAACCAGCUAAAUGUGCAAUUCGAUUUCGUUAUGAAUGUGAAGGACGAUCGGCUGGUUCAAUACCCGGUAUUAAUGCAACACCGGAAAAUAAAACAUUCCCAACGAUAAAAGUUUUCAAUUAUCAAGGAAAAGCAGUUGUUGUUGUUUCUUGCGUAACAAAAGAAUCACCAUAUCGUCCACAUCCACAUAAUCUUGUGGGUAAAGAAGGAUGUAAAAAAGGUGUCUGUACAUUGGUUAUUGAUAAUAAUCCCGAUAUGAUAUGUACAUUUACAUCAUUAGGUAUACAAUGUGUUAAACGAAAUAAAAUUGAAGAAAGUUUAAAAUUAAGAGAAAUGAUUAAAGUUGAUCCAUUUCGAAGUGUCUGUACAUUGGUUAUUGAUAAUAAUCCCGAUAUGAUAUGUACAUUUACAUCAUUAGGUAUACAAUGUGUUAAACGAAAUAAAAUUGAAGAAAGUUUAAAAUUAAGAGAAAUGAUUAAAGUUGAUCCAUUUCGAACUGGUUUUGCACAUCGAACACAAGCAUCAUCAAUAGAUCUCAAUUGUUUACGAUUAUGUUUUCAGGUAUUUAUUGAAGGACCGGAAAAAGGAAAAUUUACUGUACAAUUACCACCAGUUGUUUCCGAUGCUAUUUAUGAUAAAAAAGCAAUGGCUGAAUUAAUUAUUGUAAAAUUAUCACAUUAUUCGGCACCAUGUACCGGUGGUAAAGAAAUAAUAUUAUUAUGUGAUCGUGUUGCCAAAGAUGAUAUACAAGUUAGAUUUGUACAAGAAAAUCAACAAAAACAAUCUGGAAUAAUAUGGGAAGCAUAUGGUGAUUUUUUAGCCAAUGAUGUUCAUAAACAGGUUGCCAUUUCAUUACGUACACCAAAAUAUUUUGAUGAAACAAUUUCACAACCAGUUACGGUUAAUAUACAAUUACGACGACCAUCCGAUGGUUGUUUAUCAUUACCACGAUCAUUUCAAAUUACACCAAGAGAAUUAGAUCCAGAUGGUUUAGUUAGAAAACGACAUAAACGUUUAAAAGAAGAAAAUUAUGAUCUUUUACAAGAAUAUAUUCAAUUAGCUUCCAGGCAACAACAACAACAACAAUCAUCAUCACCACAACAUCAACCAUCAUCAUCAUCAAAAUUAUCAUUAGCAACUGCAACAACAACAACAUCGACUCAAAAUACUGGUCAAAUUAUAAUCAAAAGAGAAAUGUCACCAGUUCCGAUACAAUCGAUUACUAGUGGUUCAUCACCUCGUAAUUCCUCAUUAUAUUCGACGACGACUAUCAAUAAUAAUAACAACAACAAUGUAAAUUCAUCAUCAACAACAAACGAACAACAAUUUCAAUUUAUUCAACAUUCAUCAUCACCACAAUAUGUUAUGUCUGAUUCAUCGAUGAGUCCAUCACAACAACAACAACAAUCUCAAUAUCAAUAUGAUCCAAAUCAAAUAAUACCAUUAUCAGGAUAUACCUCAUCACCAUCAAAUUCAUCAUAUGAAUCAACACCGAUAAUUCAUACUCAAUAUCAUCAACAACAACAAAGAUCAUCACCAAAUCCAUCACAAGGAUCAUAUUUAUCAUCACCAAAUCAUUCACCAUCAACAACAGCAACGAAUCAACAACAGAAUCAACAACAACAAGAAAUACCAAAUGAAGUUAUGGAACGUUUUGAUUCACUUGAUAUUGAUUCAUCUGAAUUAAUACCAGAUUUAGAUUUUAAUUCAAAUACAAUGCUUUCAUUAAUGAUGGAUACAUCAUCUGGUUUAUCAUUAAAUUUAUCCGAUAGUUUUAAUGAUAUAACCAAUAAUAAUAAUAAUGGUUCGAAUAUUUUGAUGAAUGGUAUUAAUAAUCAAACAACAACAACAAAUAAUACAGGAAUGAUUGAUUCCUUAUCAACAGUGAAUCGAAAUAAAUUGAAAUUGAAUAUUCUUCAUCAGAAUAUGAACAACAACACCACCAACAAUACAGCAUUGGAUACACCAAUUAUCGAAAUGAUAAUGAAUAAUAAUAAUACGGAUGAUACAUAUUCGAAUAAUAACAACAAUCAACAACAACAAUUGUUUUCCACAUUAGAUUUGGAUAAUAAUAAUCAUAUACUUGAAAUACAAUUUUUAUAUUACCAGUAUCNUAAAUUGAAAUUGAAUAUUCUUAAUCAAAAUAUGAACAACAAUACAACAUCAGCAACAUUGGAUACACCAAUUAUCGAAAUGAUAAUGAAUAAUAAUAAUACGGAUGAUACAUAUUCGAAUAUUAACAACAAUCAACAACAACAACAAUUAAAAUACUCUCAAACCCCAAAAAAAUGA